GCGAAAUCAACACAUUAUAAAGAUUUUUAUUUAUUUGAGUUUUUCUUUCUAAAGAAUCGUGCAAUUUGUCUUUAUGAGAUUGGUUUUAUCAUUGUAUACACAUGAAUAAAGCAAAUGAAGGGCUGUUUCAUCAUUUACAUCACGUAUCGAUAAUUAAACAUCUGUUUUUCUCAACAAUUUCAAUUGAGAAUAAAAGAACCCUUUUUUUUAAAGUAAAAUUGCAUCCAAAAGUCGUUUAAUUUGUACUGAUUUUUUUUAUUUGUCUGAGUAAAGAGUUAUUUCAAUCGUAAAAAUGCUCAUGUUGAUUGUCGAAUCACACAUGUCAAUACACACAAGAAUUUCAAUAUACAGAAAUAUGACUACACAAAACACACAACAGAAAAAGUACACAAAUAAACGUCUGUUAGGAUUAUGCCGUGUUCACGGCAAAAACUCUUCAUUUGAAUUGCUUAGAUAUUCGAUGAAGUUGAAUCACUGGAGUUAUCUUGACACAUAUGUUUCACACGGUUCAAUUCUUCAGUCAGCUUUUGAACUUUUUCAUCCUGUUUUUGUACUUUAUUUGAGCAAUCAUGAAAACCUUGUUUGACUUCACAUUCUAAGGAUUGGAGUUUAUUUUGUAUUUCAGUAAUAGAAUUUUGUACUGAAUCCAAUGUAUUUUUUAGUUGUGUUAUUAAAUGUAACACAUCUUUCUCUUCUUUGUUCGUUAAGCACGUUGUUGGAUUGAUGUUCUAAAAAGUAAAAAAUGGUUUAGUAUAAGACUUAUAUCUCUCAAAUAAAUGGAUCAUGCAGUUUAUUUCUUGAUCUUGAAGUGGUAAGAGAUUAUUCAUCUUUUUAUUGAACAAGAUCUUCCUAAACAAAACCCAGGUCAGCAAAUCCGAUCGGAUUCCUGGAAACGGAAUUGCAUUGGAAUCCGACUAGAAAAAUCCCGUCGGUCGUUCCAAAUUUUAUGAGCGAUCUUUUUAGCUAUGUUCUAUGAUGACCCUAAGAAAAUCCAGGAAAUUCGUGUUUCGGACCCGAGACCGUCGGAAUCCAAUGCGAUUCCGUCACCAGGAUUUCAUCGGAUCCGUCGAAUCCCUGUAGGAUCUGUUAAAAUCCUAUAUUGGAUCCGAGUAUGGGAUUGUUUGACCUGGGAAGGAACGAAUUACCUUGGUGAAGCACACUUUUUCUUAAACAAACUAAUGAAACGAAAUGAAUGA